AUGGCAUCCAACCCCCCACGCACCACACCCAUACCAAUCCCUGUACCCGGCCACGCACCACCGCCUCAGUCGGCUCCCGCCACGUCGGCAACGAAGGUGCUGAAUUCAACCGCCGCCAACCGCAAUGCCUCACCAUCGUCGGUUUCCAGCGCAGGAGAGGACCCCGCGAGGAAGAUGAAGCGUACUAGUGCCAAGGUGAACGUCAAGCCCGGCGCAUUCCUGCAGGCGCCUCCGUGGGCAGCUUCACUUCUGAGCUCUAAGCCGUCCACUUCAACUUCGACCGGACCAUUAGCAACGCCAGCGGGAGCCAACCCCAUCUCUGGAGCCGGGGUGCCCAACCUCGCCCCGCCAACUCAGGACCACAGCAUGGUCCUGGACAGCCCGGAGCCCAUUCGUAUUGAGAGCGAUAUCCUGCCUUCAAAUCCUGAAGGCCCCGUGAAAUCGGAAUUCAGCCCUGAGGACACGCCGUUGGAGGAUGUAACACCUGCCAAGCCGUCACUGUCGAUGAGCUCCAAGAUCCAGGCAUUGCAGCAGUCGUGGCAGGCCAAGUCGACUUCAGCGGAUUCCCAGGAACCAGAGGAGAUUAUUGGACGGGUAUCAAGUGGCGAUGUUCAGCCUUCAAGGCCGGCUCUCAAUUGGACUCAGGCGUUACAGGCGAAGAGAAAACAGUCAUCGGGUUUGUCGGGCGGUGACUCCAAACGCAGGCUGACCGAGAAUGGCGUGGGAUCUGGAUCGGAGGAUACCACGGCCCACCAUGGGUCGAGUCGACAGUCGAUGCCAACAUCAACGUCUGCUGAGCCAACGUCCAGCGCCAAACCGGGAUUCAUCCCCAUCAAGAGGCAACCCCUAUCUGUAUCAUCCUCGGACGACAAUGGCAUGCUCGACGAUGAUUCAACCGACUCCGACUCCGACUCUGAGCCCGAUGCUCCGGUCCAGCUUGACAGCGGAAACGCUGACCCGCCACCUCGCCCGCCCAAAGUGUUACCAUCAUUGUAUGGGCGACCCGAAAAUGAGCUUACAACUACCAACGACGGCGACCGUCUGUAUUGCCAAUGGAAGGGGGAGAAUGCCCCGCUGGAAGCGUCAUGCGGCGCGCUUUUGCCCACUGGAUACACGCUGCACUCCGAUCCCCAGUAUCCAUUCAUCUGCCCCGAUCGCGUGUGUCGCUUCAUCUUCAGGUCGAUUCAGGGGCUCGGAAAGCACUUCGGGGCAAGGCAUCGAAACACCAUGUACAACGACAACUUAGAUGGCACCGUUUCGGCUGUCAGCUUCUUUGACAUUCCGGGAACAACACGAGCCUCACCAGUCAUAGUUUCUAGAAACCCGCUUCAGGGUGACGAGCCGCCGAUGCCAGAACCGCAGACCACAGUCUAUAAGCCAUAUGCCAUCACCACACCUCCCGUCGGCACAACGCCUGUGAAUACGUCGAGACCAAGCAGCCCGCCGAGACGAGUUACGAGGCAUUCUGCGGCCACAAAGACCGCUUCCGACUCUGCCCCUGCGUCGACCUCUUCUACCAAACCGGCUCCCGUCGCUAUCGUCCCUCCCAAUGCAGGUCAGACAAUGCCAGCAGAGCUCUUGGACAUGGAAGAGUGGGAAAUCGCUCCUGGACGUGUUCGCGACGACCAGAGCCAGGAACCGACGAACGUGGCAUUCUCGAAUGCAUACCUUACAUCCAACCAAGCCGUCAGCGUCUCAGAAGAUAUUGCUUUUAACGUCAUCGUUAUCAAGCCUGGCGGCUCUCAUCGUUGGACCGAUGAGGAGGACAAGGUGCGCAUAUGCUCUGUCGCCGUGGGCAAAGUCAAGGUGAAGCUGGACAUGACAGACCCUUUUCAGAUUGGGCCGAAUGGCAUGUUCAAACUGAAGCCUGGCACGUCAUGCUCCAUCGAGAACAGGACAUACAUCGACGCCAUCAUCCACGUUACAUCCGUGACGCUUUACUAG